AAGAGAACACACUUCCGCUUCCGGGGCACCCGCCGCGUUCCUUCAGUGCUUUUACUGAAAGGGUUUCUUGAGAUGUUUCUUUGCUUUGACUGGCUUUUGGCAGUUUUCUACCGCUCAGUAACUGCGGCAUUAAAGUUAGUAUUAAGAUCGGAGGCUCUCUAGAGAUGCGAUCUCAAGAAAGAAGUCCGGCCGCCAGGCGCCACCUUAAGAAAAAAUGACCUGGCGGAGCACCACCAGUUAAAAAAGAGAAUUAUGAUAGAUGGGGGAUGCGAUGGAAGGUAGAGAUUCCCGAAAGCACGUGAGAACUCCAUAGAAGGGGCGGGACUUAGGCCUUUCGGAGCCGAGGGUGGCGGGUUCCACCCCGCGCCGAAUCAGGUGUCUGGACCCGCCUCUGCCUGCGCCUGCGCAGUGCGAACCUUCCUCCUGCUCAGCUUUCUGCUCCAACAUGGAUUUCCGCUCCGCGAGGCAAGCUGUACUGCAGCUACUACGUACGGUGGCUCCCGCAGACCUCCCAGAGCUGAUCCAGUGGAUGCGAACUACCCGAGAUUUUGAUGAAUUCACUCAAGACAAUAAUGACAUUAUGUUGAAAAACAUAGCAGAAGACCUUCGGAAUUGCUUGCCCCUAGAAACCAUGCUUUCCUCAGAACAUCUAGCCCUCCAAAAAAUACAGCAGCAGCCAGAACCCACAGUUCACGUUGAUGCAUUCCUUUAUGAUGAAGACUUUAUUGAUUCAUUAUGUGAGGAAGGAAAAAUGAGCAGAAAUUACUGUACAGUAUGCGGCUCGCACCAGACGGCACCUUUAGGGUUUAUUUCUCAUUCCUUCUCUCUCAUGGAAUUGAAGUUCAUUUAUCAUCAUGUACUCCCUGAUCUGUCGGAAAAGAUCUUGGUUGAUGUUGGCUCCAGACUUGGCACGGUCCUCUAUGGGGGUUAUCUUUAUAGUUCAGCAUCGCAACUAUAUGGAGUAGAAUUGAAUGGAGACUUUUGCCAAUUGCAGGAAAUGGUCAUUAAAAAAUACCAGUUCACUGACAGAAUAAAGGUGCUUCACACAGACAUCUGUACGCAGGGUUCACUUCUGCAAAAUGCUGAUAUUAUUAUAAUGAAUAAUGUCUUUGAAUAUUUUCUUAAUGAGGCAGAACAGGCCAGAGCCUGGGACUACAUCAGCCAUAAUGUAAGGAGACGGGGAUCGUUACUAGUGACAGUACCAAGUCUUGAAGAGUCUCUCUCAGGUCUUCAGGUUAAUAUACAGUUAUCUUCCUGGGUUGAUGAAGUACCACUGAACUAUGAUGUCUACCCAGAAAAGGAUAUUGACAGGGAAGCCCUUAAACAAAUACAUUUAUAUAAGAUUCUCUAACACUAAAAUAGUCCUAUCUCAGUGUAAUGCUUUGUUGAAUAUAUUACAAAAUAAUGAAAAAGAAACAUAACCCCAGUAUCCUAAGACCUCUUUUUUCUGUCUCCUUUUUGGUCUUUGUACAUAUGCUUACAUAUUUGUAAAUAGUUGUGUGUGUGUGUCUAUGUUUGCUUUGCGUGAUAAUUUUAUUAAAAUAGUUUAUCUGAAAAAAAUUUCGUUUUCCCCUGGUUUCUUUUAUUCUGUUAAAAAUAUAAAUACGUGUCUUUCUUUAGUCACUUACUCUGUAUACCAAGUCCAGAUAUGACACAAAAGAAGAUCAGAAGUGGCAUCUAUCCUGGGACAGGGGCAGAAGAGAAGGUUGUGGUGACAAUUGCACAUUUUCCUUGUGCCUAAAGAAAUACCUUUUCCAUUUCUUCAACUGGUCUGCUGCAGACUGCCAUGCUAUGAGCUGCCAAAUGGAUAGGUCGAGGUGGCAAAGAACAGAGAACAGCCUCUAGUCAACAGCCAAUGAGGAACUGAGGCCAUCAGCGCAACACCCUGAGAGGAACUAACUCUUCCCAACAUCAUCCUGAGUGAGGCAGAAGUGGAUCUAGGUCCAGUCAAGCACUAAGGCUGUAAAAACAGCCAGCGCCUUGACUGCAGCCUUGCGAGACACCCAGAGUCAGAAGACCCAACUGAGCCAUGCCCAGCUUCCUAACCCACAGACUCUGAGAUAAUAAAUGUUUACUGCCUCAAGCUA